AUGAGAGAAACAUGUGCAUUGUGUCAUGAACCACUGAGUGGAUUAGAAUACGAGCCACUUGCUUGUUUGUCUAACAAAUCAAGACACGCAGACAAAGAACUGUUACAAAAUGAUGUGAGCAGUGGAUCUGACGACGAAAACCUAAAAGAAAACGGAGGUGUGAACUCGACGUCAACAACAGUGAAUUUUGUUUUAUCAGAUUCAUCUAGUAGUGGAAGACUACGAAGCUUUUCACUGGCUGCGCCAAAACUCCAGGCAUCAGCUUCGUUCACAAUUGAAUCGCGAGCAUCACGUUCUGCUUCGAUUGCUGAGAGUGGUUUUGGCAUGUCAGCUGCGAAGAGGUUUGCUUUCAGUGUUUCACAGCCCAAAAAUGCAGAAGCGGAAGGAGAAAGUUGUGCCCCAUCGAGGAGCUCAGAAGUUGCUACAACCGUUAGCAGUGAGAGCACGAGCAACUCAGUGAGUGGUUCGAGUAGAGGGCUUACACCUAGUCGUACAGUCAUCCAGCAUGUCCCGGGAAUGGCUAUGCAAUCGGAGAGUUCAAGUUUUGUGUUUGGUUGUGAUAUGUCGGACAGAGUCACGAAUACACCUACUCAAGCUGCUAAUGAAGAAGUAACAUCUGAUGAAGUGAGAAAAGAAGAGGGCUCUUUGAAUAACCACUCUUCUGUAAAUGAAAGCGGAAGUCCUGGUGGCUUAUUUGCACAAGCGUCUUCUCGGCUUUCUGAUGGGGCGGUGGUUGCUUCUGUCACGCCUCCUCCUGUUUUUAAAGUUCCAGAAAUAGUAGAUGUGAAAACUGGUGAAGAGAAUGAUAAGAACAUUUUGCAGGUGCACUGUGUUCUUCACGUUUUUGAUUCGAAGACACACGGAUGGAGUGAACGGGGAUGUGGUCUUUUGUGGCUUAAUGACAUGCACCAUCCAAACGAAGAUGGGACUUUCCAGUCUCGUUUAGUGAUGAGAACUGAUGGAAGCUUACGACUAACAUUGAACACAUUGCUGUGGCCUCAGAUGGUGUGUGAAAAGGCAAGUCGUCAAAGUAUUCGAAUCACUGCACUGGAUGCAGCAGGCCAGGGCAUUCGAGUCUUCCUCAUAACGUAUCCUAAGUCAGAGGAUGAAUUUUCAAAGUCUGGUCUUACUGGUGAAUGGGAUAUGACAAGAGCUGGUAAGCGAAUGAAGCUAGUGACACCAUACACUUGGGAGGCUGUAUUGUCUCGUGAUGGAAACAUGGCUGAGUCAUGGGGAAAAGCUCAUUGA